GCGCUGCGUGACGUCAUCAGAGCCAAGCGGAAGCGGAAGGUUCCUUUCAGUUUUGUCUCGGCCGGGUGUGGGGCUGCGUUACGGAAGUAACCAACCGAAGGCCGAAACCUUUUUUUUUUGGUUUUAAAUAUUAAAGCCAUUUAGGUUUUCAUUUCCUGCCGCGGAAAGGAAGGCUCUUCCGUGAGGGAGGUUCUCCGCGGGGUCCUCUUUCCGCUUCCUUGGUCCUCUGUUUUCGGUCUUCGCCCCUUCCCUGCCAGCCCCGCCCGUCAUGGCGGCCACAUCCAACCUGCAGAAAGCAAUAGACCUUGCUAGUAAGGCAGCACAAGAAGAUAAAGCAGGGAACUUUGAGGAAGCUCUCCACUUGUAUCAGCAUGCUGUACAGUAUUUUCUCCAUGUUGUCAAAUAUGAAGCACAAGGUGAUAAAGCAAAGCAAAGCAUCAGAGCAAAGUGUACUGAGUAUCUGGACAGAGCGGAAAAGCUGAAGGAGUAUCUGAAGAAGAAAGAAAAAGCUCCUCUCAAACCAGUGAAAGAAUCUGGUUCAGCUGAUGAAAAGGGGAAUGAUAGCGAUGGGGAAGGAGAAUCGGAUGAUCCUGAGAAAAAGAAGCUUCAGAAUCAACUCCAAGGUGCCAUUGUCAUGGAGCGACCAAAUGUCAAGUGGAAUGACGUUGCUGGCCUCGAAGGAGCAAAAGAAGCUCUUAAAGAAGCAGUAAUAUUACCCAUUAAAUUUCCUCAUCUUUUCACAGGUAAAAGAACCCCCUGGAGAGGGAUCCUUCUUUUUGGACCUCCAGGAACUGGGAAAUCCUAUUUGGCAAAAGCUGUUGCAACAGAAGCUAACAAUUCUACAUUCUUCUCUGUAUCUUCUUCUGAUCUUGUAUCUAAAUGGUUGGGAGAGAGUGAAAAACUAGUGAAGAAUCUCUUCCAGCUUGCCAGAGAAAAUAAGCCUUCGAUUAUCUUUAUAGAUGAAAUAGAUUCUUUGUGUGGUUCCAGAAGUGAAAAUGAAAGUGAAGCAGCUCGACGGAUUAAAACAGAGUUUUUGGUCCAAAUGCAGGGAGUUGGAACAGACAAUGAAGGCAUUUUGGUUCUGGGAGCUACAAACAUACCUUGGGUUCUCGAUUCUGCCAUCAGACGAAGGUUUGAGAAGCGAAUUUACAUUCCCUUACCUGAAGAUCAUGCGAGAGCUGCAAUGUUUAAGCUUCACCUUGGGACUACUAAAAACACCUUGAAUGAAUCAGAUUAUCGAGAACUUGGAAAGCGAACUGAUGGCUACUCAGGUGCUGAUAUCAGUAUAAUUGUACGAGAUGCCUUAAUGCAGCCAGUUAGGAAAGUCCAAUCUGCCACACAUUUUAAAAAAGUGAAUGGACCAUCACUAUCUGACCCAAAUGUUUUAGUAGAGCUCUUCACCCCAUGUUCUCCAGGAGAUCCUAACGCCAUUGAAAUGACAUGGAUGGAUGUGCCAGGAGAUAAGCUACUGGAGCCUGUUGUUUGCAUGGCUGAUAUGCUGAGGUCAUUAACCAGCACAAAACCCACCGUGAAUGAACAAGAUCUGGAAAAACUAAAGAAAUUUACAGAAGACUUUGGACAGGAAGGCUAAUUAAAAGACAUUUGUGACCUUCAGCUUUGGUUCUUUAAAUUUCCUGCCUCUUUAUUGCCAAUAAAUGAAUUGUUCCUUCCUGUAUUCCCAUAUGAACUGAACAGUCAUUUGCAAGGACCUUUCAGCUUUUGUAUAUCACUUUCCAAAAAAACCUAGUAAAUGUCUUCUGAAAGCAUGAUACCAGGAUCCUAUGGCAAAGAAGGAAAAUAUGCAGCCAUCUUUCAGGUAUAAUUGCAGGGUUUUGAGUCUAGAUUUUAGGUAAUACACAUUAGUCCUAAUUUACAAAUAUUUAUGAAUUCCUGUAGGCCUAGAAGAGAAAAGCUGAAAAAGCAAAGCGAGGCAGAAGCUUGGGUUGCUUGUCAGAUAUUUCCAGUAUCAGUCAAUUUGCCUCAAAUUCAUCUAGAAUUAUGCAGUGCUAUUAAACCCCACCUAAAUUAGGAGAAGGAAGUGAGAGGAAAGGAUUGUAGUUAGAUACAGGCUGUACGCUGAGUACAAUGUUAAAUUAGUUUGUUUUCUCUUAUAUAAUAUUUAGACAUUGCCUUAAAAGCAACAAGCAUUGUUUUAAUAACUCACUAGUAGGUACCUGUCACUGUGCAAUCUACCAGAGACUAGAUAUAGAAUGUAAAUAUUGUGGACAAUGUUUCUCUCUGGUCUUCAUUCAUCUUUACUCCCUUAGGAGUAUGAGGCAGGGAAUAUAUUCUGUUGAGAAUCCAUGGGUAAGCCAGCAAAGAAUUUUAGCAAGCCAUUUGUUAAGGGAAGGGAAGGUAAUAUUGCACUUUACCUUAUUUUCAGAGGAAAUUUGAGACUUGAGUAUCAUUCAGCCUAAUGAAUAUCUCAGAGGUGCCAAGAGAAGUUGAUCUUAUUCACUAUCUACCUGAGUAAUAAAAUAACUAAAUAUGUCAAUGGUUUGGAAAGUGUUUUUCCCCUAAAGGCCUUUACUAAGAAUUACACAUCUUAGAGAAGUGCCUGAGUGUAACAAUACUGCAGUGGACAGGUUUUGGACAUCAUACUAAGCCUUAGUUUAGUGUGGGCAGGGGGACAGGGGCGGAAUAGUAUUGCAAACUUCAUACUUGUGCAUUUCUCCUGUCCUGAUGCUACAUGGAAUAGGUCGGAAAUUCUUGUUUCCUGUUUACAUUAAUCACAACUCAUCAUACCAUACAAAUAUGUUAUGGUUGAUGUGAAAUAGUUUGCAGAAAUAAGUCAGCUUCAAGCCGUCAGUUAUAAAACUGCUUUAAAUAUAAACAAACCAUAAUGAAUAUUAUCCAGAACUUAGGGUUUGGCUGACAAGUUAGUGUCGUUAAUGAAAGACUCCUUUUGGCUCUGCAGGUGGGGAGGUGGCAGGAGUAUACAAGCCAAAGACUCAUAGCAGCUUGUUUUUAUCACACUAAAUAGUGGCUGAGCAUGAUGUGGCUACUGAGAGCACUGAAUUUGUGCCUUGUACGUUUGUCCCAGUUUAUAGACAAGUCAUUGCUGAAAUACUAGUGUAAUGCAUUGCUUCACUGUUAAAGAACUGUACAGUGCAAAUGCUUUUCUGUGUUGCAAAUUUCCAAAUGUAGUAGUGUAGUCACCUGCUCACAGGCUUUGGUUUUCUUUUUAUGUGUAUAUUUUAUAUAGUACUUCACAGAAUUACAAGACUGAUUGAAACUUUGUCUUUGAAUGAAGUAAAACUGUUGCAAUACUCGC